GGGUCGGCAGUCAGACUGCUCGCGUAAAACCGGCACCUCCACGGCGGAAAGGCGACACAUGGAAAUCAAAACGAGCUCCAACAAAGUCUGGAAUAUGAACAGAUUUGCACUGGCCGUUUUCCUCUUGGCAAUCGGUUUCCUUGUCGCCGAAGGAGGUAACCCAUGCUGCUCAGAGCCAUGUCAGAACAGGGGCGUUUGCACAGCCCUUGGAGCUGAUAAUUACGAGUGUGAUUGCACACGCACGGGAUUCCAUGGACACAACUGCACAACGCCUGAAUUCCUCACAUGGGUGAAAAUAUCCCUGAAGCCAUCGCCCAACACUGUCCACUACAUUCUCACCCACUUCAAGGGCUUCUGGAACAUCGUCAACAACAUCUCCUUCCUCAGGGACGCCAUCAUGAGAUACGUGCUGACAUCUCGAUCCCACUUGAUUGAUAGUCCUCCGACCUACAAUGCAGACUAUGGUUACAAAAACUGGGAAGCAUAUUCAAACCUCUCCUACUAUACGCGCACCCUCCCCCCUGUGCCGGAGGACUGCCCAACCCCGAUGGGAGUAGUAGGUAAAAAGGAGCUGCCUGACGCUAAACUACUGGCCGAGAAGCUUCUGAUGAGAAGGCAGUUCAUCCCGGAUCCACAGGGCUCCAGCCUGAUGUUUGCAUUCUUCGCACAGCAUUUCACCCACCAGUUCUUCAAAUCAGAUAUGAAGAAAGGACCCGCUUUUACUGUCGCUAAAGGCCACGGGGUGGACCUCAGCCACGUCUAUGGAGACUCCCUGGAAAGGCAACAUAAGCUUAGACUCUUAAAGGAUGGCAAGCUCAAAUAUCAGAUCCUGGAUGGAGAGGUGUACCCACCAACAGUCAAAGAGGUAGGCGCCGAAAUGCACUACCCUCCCCACGUUCCCGACUCUCACCGCUUUGCUGUGGGCCACGAGGCCUUCGGCCUGGUCCCCGGGCUGAUGAUGUACGCCACCAUCUGGCUGAGGGAACACAACAGAGUGUGUGAUGUGCUGAAGGAGGUUCACCCGGACUGGGACGACGAAAGGCUCUUCCAGACCUCACGGCUCAUUCUGAUUGGAGAGACCAUCAAGAUUGUGAUUGAGGAUUACGUGCAGCACCUGAGCGGCUAUAACUUCAAGCUCAAGUUUGAUCCCGAGCUGCUUUUCAACCAGCGCUUCCAGUACCAGAACCGCAUUGCAUCAGAGUUCAACACCUUGUACCACUGGCACCCGCUGAUGCCUGACAGCUUCCACAUUGAGGAGAAGGAUUACAGCUACAAAGAAUUCGUCUUCAACACCUCCCUAGUUCCCGAGCACGGCAUCGGCAACCUCGUGGAGUCGUUCACCAAACAGAUCGCUGGCCGGGUUGCCGGUGGCCGAAAUGUUCCAGGACCCAUCAUGUACGUGGCCAUUAAGUCCAUUGAAAACAGCAGAAAAAUGCGCUACCAGUCUCUGAACGCCUACAGGAAACGCUUCUCCAUGAAGCCCUACAGCUCCUUUGAAGACAUUACAGGAGAGAAAGAGAUGGCCGCAAUUCUGGAGGAGUUCUACGGACACGUUGACGCUGUGGAGCUCUACCCGGGUCUGUUGGUGGAGAAGCCCAGGACAGACGCAAUCUUCGGGGAGACUAUGGUGGAGAUGGGGGCCCCUUUCUCCCUCAAGGGCUUAAUGGGAAACCCCAUCUGCUCCCCGGAGUACUGGAAGCCGAGCACCUUCGGAGGCAGCGUGGGCUUCAACAUCGUCAACACCGCCUCCCUGCAGAGGCUGGUGUGCAGCAACGUCCAGGGGCCCUGUCCCACGGCGGCUUUUAAUGUACCCGAUGUUAAAGACACGGGGUCGAGGAUCAUCAACUCAAGCAAUUCCCACUCACGUGGCAGUGAUAUCAACCCCACAGUCAUUUUGAAAGAGAGGAAUAGUGAGCUCUAAUUUAUUUUCAUUGUGUAAGCAAAUAUGUUUUCUAUGAAUCUAUUUAUAUAUUUAUUUUCGUAUUUAUUGUAUUUUAUUUAUAACAACAUAUUUUUUUAACAGUCAUUUUAUAGUUUUCUGUUUGGUUUUUAAGAACAAAAGUCUGUGGAUGUGUUUUAUUUAUUAAAAGAUUAAUUGUAUUAUAAAUUAUUGUUACAUUAAGGACCUCAGAAACAUGAUACUUGAAGACUAGUUUACACUAACUGCAUUUGCCUAUGUUACAUUCCUAAUGUUCCCUUAGAUUGACUGCUACUUAUCAUGAAAUUGUAUGUUUGUAUUGUGUGUUUUACAGUAGGAAUGAUGACCGAUCUUGGCUCACUUGAUCCAAUGAUACUGACACUAAUUGUUUUUCUACUUAGUUCUACUUAGUUUAUUUGAAAUGGCAUUAAUAGCUACUCUACUGUUGUUGACAACUGCAUACUGCAAACUGAAUGGAUCAAUGUACUUUUUAUCACUUGUUUGUUAGUUCUGUUCUUAUUGCCUAUUGACUUGCAAAAGUGAUGCUAAUAAACAUUCUCAGAAAUCA